CCACUGAAAGGAAAAAAAGAGGAAAACAUCCGCUUUUUAUCGGCAUGAAAAAGUGGGUCAAAAAUACGUAACAGACAGUAGAGAAAUGUGUUUAAUUAGCACCUGGCUGAUACAGGCACAAGGCGUUCCAGAAUCCACCGCUGCCCGAGGGCGGGGCCGAAAAUGUAGACGCUGCUUUCAUCAAUUACAGCGUGCACGUGAUCCGAACGUCUUUGUUUUUGUCAAUUUAUUUGGACCCACAAACUCAUCGCAAGUUUACCACAAUAAAAGGUUACACACAAACAUGAAGUUUAUGGAACUUUUUGGUCGCCUGAACUCUGUGGUGAUCGGAAUGAUUCACGUCAAAGCUUUACCAGGUUCUCCUCUGAGUCAAAUGAAAAUCUCACAGAUCAUAGAGCAGGCGUGCCAGGAGGCGGAGGUUUAUCGUGAUGCCGGCAUUGACGGUUUGAUGGUGGAGAACAUGCAUGACAUCCCGUACUCCUUCACAGUGGGACCUGAGGUGUACACGUGCAUGACGGCUGUGUGCUCAGCAGUAAGGCGGACAUGCCCACUACUACCACUGGGUGUCCAGAUACUGUCCUCUGCCAACAAGGGGGCACUGUCUGUCGCUUUGGCUUCAGACCUGGACUUCAUUCGAGCAGAGGGAUUUGUCUUCUCUCAUGUGGCUGAUGAAGGUUUUCUAAAUGCCUGUGCUGGAGACCUCCUGCGAUACAGAAGACAGAUAGGAGCUGAGAAGAUCCAGAUCUUCACUGACAUCAAGAAGAAGCACAGCUCCCAUGCUCUGACCUCAGAUGUUGACGUUGUGGAAACGGCUCUUGCUGCUGAGUUCUUCCUCUCAGAUGGAGUCAUCAUCACUGGGUCGAGGACUGGAUCUGAGGCUGAUCCUGGUGAACUCAGAGAAGUUUCUCAGGCAGUGAAAAUCCCAGUACUGGUCGGUUCUGGUGUUGACUUCAUAAACGUGGAUCAGUACCUUGAAGCCAGUGGAAUCAUAAUCGGUUCUCAUUUUAAGAAGGACGGUCACUGGACCAACAAGGUCGACCCUGAGCGUGUGAAGAGAUUCAUGGAAAAAAUGCACAGAAUCCGAAAAUAAGCAGAACAAGAAUUUUCAUCUUCAAACAGUUUUCUAAAUCCAAAAUUUGAUUCUUAAAAAAAGUUGUCUCUAAAUAGAGUUUUACUCUCUCUGAUAAAUAUAUGAUUAAUAUAUGUUUUGUUCUGUUCAGGAUCAAAGCAAGUCUAUGUUUUUCUUUCUUUGUGUUUCUUUUUAAAGGUAGAACAUUAUCAAUAUUUAACACAUGAAGAAUAAAAACACAUGUAACAACACGCAAUAGAACAGUUUAAAAUCAGUUCAAAAUUUUCUUCUGAAAAGACUAAAAUCUGCUGCUGAAGUUGAAAAGAUAAUCAUUCAAACAUGUUGUUCUCCUGUAAGAGCAGUAACAAGGUUACAUGAUACAGAAGGUCACAUGACUCCAACAGAAGGUUAGAGAUAUGGAGCAAAGGUUGGACAGUUCGUAGGACAGAUAGUUUGACAAACGCACAGAAGGAAAGGACAAAUGAUCAUAUGGUUGGACCAUUGAAUAGUUGGGUUAGGGUUAAAAAUUGUAUGUUCUUUAUAAUGUUUGUUUUUUUUUUUCACAUUGUUGAGUUGUGAUGGUUUUCAGCUCUUCAAAGAUUGACAUCAGGACAUUUUGAGAGACAUUUUGGACAGAAUACUUGCAGAGUUGGACAGGGGUCUUAAAAUUUUUUUUUUUUUUAUCAACAUCUUUUUGUUUCU